AACGUAAGAAAAUGGCACCAAGUCAGAAAGUGACGAAAAAAUGGGAGAUAUUCGCCGGCCGGAACAAGUUCUUCUGCGAUGGAUAUUUGAUGACGGCACCAAAUUCGGGCGUGUUUUAUUUCACGGUCAUACUGAUCACUGCUACGAGUGGAUUAUUUUUCGUGUUCGACUGUCCAUUUCUGGCACAACGCAUCACGCCCGCCAUUCCCAUCAUCGGUGGAAUUCUGUUCAUUUUUACGCUAAGUUCCCUGUUCCGGACGGCUUUCAGCGAUCCGGGCAUCAUUCCCCGCGCGUCCCAGGACGAGGCGGCUUACAUCGAGAAGCAGAUCGAGGUGCCGAACUCGCUCAACAGCCCCACCUAUCGGCCACCGCCCCGCACGAAGGAGGUGUUCGUGAAGGGACAAACGGUGAAGCUCAAGUAUUGCUUUACGUGCAAAAUCUUCCGGCCACCGCGAGCCUCCCACUGCAGCUUAUGUGAUAAUUGCGUUGAUCGAUUCGAUCAUCACUGUCCGUGGGUGGGCAACUGCGUUGGCAAGCGUAACUAUCGGUUCUUCUACAUGUUCAUUGUCUCGUUGGCGUUCCUAGCAGUAUUCAUAUUUUCUUGCACAACGACUCACAUAGUAAUGUUAUUAAAGGAAGACAACCAGUUCAUUGACGUUGUCAAGCGGACUCCUUCCAGUGUGAUAAUAGCGAUAAUUUGUUUCUGUUCGGUGUGGUCUGUUAUCGGGUUAGCUGGAUUUCACACUUAUCUUACUACGAGUGAUCAAACAACGAAUGAGGAUAUAAAAGGUUCAUUCAGCUCAAAAGGUGGCCAGCAGGCAAUAAACCCAUAUUCGCAAGGAAACAUUUGCCUAAACUGUUUCCACAUACUGUGCGGCCCAAUAACACCGUCGCUGAUAGAUCGGCGCGGUGUCGUCACGGAUGAGUAUCGGACGCAAAUGCAAGCGUCAGACAAGUACAAUAGUGCCACUGUACCACCGUUGGUUGUCAUGCAACCGGGAAUGGACACACUUAAUAAGCAUUACAGUAUGGACCACGAAUUGCAAAAUGCAGCCAACGGGAACGGAGGUGUAGGUGGAACGGGCGUGUAUCGGCAACGCAGCUACGAUAACUUACAAAAUGUUCCAAUUCCGACAAACUUUAAGUACUUUGCACCACAGUCCAAGUAUAGCGUUAGUGGGGCAAACAUCAGUACAGGUCCGGGCGGUACAUACUGCUACAGCGAUCAGAGUCAGCUGUUGGGUUCGUCGCUCGGAGGUGGAAUAUCACCCUCCACCAUGCUGCUGAGAGGUGGUGGACCGAUGCCACUGUUGAAAAGUCAGUCUGAAUUUCUUCACAACACACAUCAGCAGCAGCAGCAACAGCAUGUACUGACCCCGAACGGGGCUAGCAGUGUUUCGCAGCAGCAGUUGCUACAGCAGAAAACACAACCAAUGCACAUGAUGAGCCUCAACAUGACACUUCCCCGCUAUCCGUACCAUCGGAAUCGUGCGAUCGGCAUACGUAAAUCCUCGCACGAUCUGCAGUUCCCGAUCUAUCAGCAUCAUCCGCUCGAGGAUGGUAAGCAAACGAUGUACGGAAGUAGUGGUGGCACUUACGGUGCCGGUGGUCCCUACUGUUUGGCCAAUGUGCCCGACAGUAGUACGAACAGCUUGAACAAUCACUUUAAUCCGUCGGCAACUCCUGCGCCGCUCGUAAUACCGUACAGUAACGGUUUGAUGUUGAAAGAUUCGUCCGCCUCGUCCUCAUCGUCCGGAGGUUCGUCGUCCGCCUCCGCUUCGACCGCUACCAUAUCGUCCAAUUCGACGUCCUCCGCUACCUCAUCGCUCGAUCGACGGUGCCGAAGCAAUUUGCUACCUUCCGGCUCGGGAUCCGGUUCAUAUCUGGCAAGCUACGAUACGAUCACCACACUCUCGGAUCAUCCACAGCAACGUCAAACUGUUGCUCCACACACCUGCCCCAACAGCCCACGGACGAUCCGCUGCAGUAGUCCUAGCUGUAGCAGUGAGCUAGAUCCAAUGCUCAUCCACUCGAAAGCUAGCGGUGGAAAGCAACAGCCGACCAAUGGUGGCUAUCAUCAUCGUCAUCGACACCAGCAGCAUAGUGGUGGUGGUGGUGGUGGUGGUGGAUAUGCCAAGUUCUACCGUAAACCGUCUUAUCAAAUGAAAGCGUCACAAUCGCCUACUCCGCCACCACCACUGGCUCUACAGUCACCUUUGGCUGGUCCACAGUUUGGUAAUAGUGGACCACCGGGUACGAAUCCCGUUUCGCCAGCACUUUCCUUCAGCCAGUUUAGCCCCAGCUUCUGGAGCGCAAACACGUGCGUUUCGUCGAGCAAUCGGAGCAGCAUGCUCAGUGCGGCCAGUACGCUGGGUGGCGGCAGCAGUAGUACUACCACCCCGUACGUUGAGUGUGCGAACGGAAUGAAUGGCAGUGAUGGUGUUGGAAGUGGAGUUGGCAUUGGUGGCAUAGGAGGUGGGCAAGGAACAGGUGGUACUAGCGGAGCAGGAGGAGGAGGAGGAGGAGGAGGAGGAAAUACCGGUAAUAAUAGUCCGUACGUACAGCGGCGUGGCGGAAGCGACAAGCAGCGCUUCUCAAACGUAUUCGAGUAUCAGUUUAACAAUUUCGAUCUCAACUCGAUACAUGAGGAUGCUACGAACGAAACCUAGCAUAUACUACAUUUUUAGUUUUGUAAUUUUUUAUAA